AUGAAAUUUUUCAAACAAAGUGAUGAAAUACUUACCAAAAUCCUACUUGCUUCUUGAACCGAUAUUUUGAACUUAUGUGCUUCGUUAGUCUCGUACAAUUACACACAGCUGAAAGAAUGAAAGAAUAAUGAGUCCGGAACUUCGUUGAUUGUGAAAAUUUUCCUUGCCUCCGGGACAAUGAGUAUAUUUAUUCGAUGUAAACAGUGGACACGAGGACGAUGAGCGUUAAUGAGCGUCAAGAAAUUUACGAGGCAUAACAGAAAGUUUAAAGGAACUGACCGCUACAAUUCUCGACGAGUCUGAUUUUAACAAGACGUUGAAAGAAUUCGCGUACACAUAUUGCGAAAGACGAAAAUUUUUCAUUCGACGAUUCUAAAGAUGACAUUCAAAUCUUUGAUGAAUCUCGGAGGCUUGAAUGAUCCUUAUCAUCCCGGCAUUGAUAGAUAUCAUGGUUCUGGUGGUUAUCAUCACGGCGAAUAUGGAGGAUACUAUCAUGGUUCACGAGGAAGUAACAAAAGUAAAAAUGACAAAGGAGCUGCACUUAGCGCCUUGACUUUACUCGCUUUCCUGUUCCUAUUAAACGUCAUGCAGCAAUCGAUGCAAGAAAAUAAUAAUACAACUCCGACACCGACAUCCACGAUAUUUUUACGCGAUAUAGAUCAACCGAUAGUGAUAGAGGAGAAGGAGAAAAAGAGGGAUGAGACGAAGAGGGAUGGUAUAAUAACUGUAAAAUCCAAGAUUCAAAGGCUUAACAGUCAAUAUAUUAAAUGAAAUCAGAUUAGUACACAAUGAUUUGGUACAGAGUAGUUAAAAGUACUUAGAUGAAUAAAUGAAGAAUAUUUUUUGGAUCGAGAUC